ACACGCGCACGCCAGUCGCGGGCGGACGGCAGGAUUCGCGCGCUCUCCCGCGAACUUCAGUGCGCGACCAGCCGCCGACGUGUCUUAUCGGCCAGGCAUUGCCACGGAGAGAAGGAGAGAGAAAGAGAGAGGGACAGAGAGGAAAAGAAGAGGAAACGAGAGCAGAGGGACAGCCUGGACUGACCGCUCGACCGAGGCCGAUACAUCCGACUCUUGAUAGCUCGAGUUUUUCUGCGCUUCAGCGUCGGCGGCGGAGACGACGUCGGAAGAAAGUUUCGAGAAUGCGCUGAGCCGCGUGCGACCUUGCCAGGCGCUCGCUCUCUUCUCCAACUUGGAUGGGGAGCUGCUGCCGGAGAAGGAGGUGGAGGAACACGAUGGAGCCCAGCGUCCUGCUGCCGCUGAUCCUCCUAAUCGCCUGGGAGCCAGCGAGGACGCUGGGACAACUGGGUCCGGUAUUCGUGCUGGAACCACCGAGCACGCUCGUCUUCUCGAACACGACGGGCUCGCAGCUGAGCUGCUCGGCCCACGGCAGUCCAGCGCCGAGCGUCACCUGGAUCACCAGCCCGGAUCAGCGGUCGGUCAGCGCCGUGCCCGGACUCAGGCAACUUCUGGGUAACGGCACGCUCUACUUCCCGCCGUUCCUGGCGCAGGACUUUCGCGCCGAGAUACACAACGCCCGCUACAGAUGCCGAGCGAGCAACAGCGUCGGCACGGUCCUCUCCCGGGAGGUCACUCUUCGCGCAGUGCUGACGGUGCCGGGCUACGAGGUCCGAGUGAACCGCUCGCCGGUGGUGGAGGGCAACAACGCCGUGCUCUCCUGCAACGCCAGAGAGGACAUCAAAGAGCACCUCACCGUCACGUCCUGGUAUCGGGACGAAUCGAUCCUACUGCCCGGCAGUACCGACACAGGCGGAAGAUUCGUGGUAACCUCCCAGGGCGACCUGCACAUCAAGCAGGCGAGGCAAGAGGAUGGCAGGGCGACCUACUCCUGUCUGACCAGGCACUCGCUGACCGGCGAAACGAGAAAGAGCGAGCCCGCCUCCCUGCCAGUCACAGAGCCGAGCAGCACAAUGCCGCCGAAGCUGAUGCAGCGCUCGCAAAUUGCAAUUUCCGCGGAGCGGGAUUCCGAUGUGCAUCUCACGUGCUCGGCCCAAGGAAACCCACCGCCGCAGUUCACCUGGUAUCGCGACGUCAACGGCCGCUCGGUGCCGGUGGAGUCGUACGGGAGGACGCAGCUCUGGGGCGACCUCAUGCGCAUCAGGCGGGUCGACGUCCAAGACGCCGGCAGAUACGUCUGCAGCGCGCGCAAUCAAUUUGGCGAGCAACAAGCGGAGACUCAUCUCUCCGUCACCUCGAAAUUGAACGCCCGCAUCCAGCCUCAGCUCCAGGUCGUAAACUCGGGUCAGACGGCGACGAUGAAUUGCACGGUCGAGGGCUUUCCCAUCGAGAGCGUCGAGUGGCUGCACGACGGGCUGCCCGUGCUCACCGCCCAGGAUACGAGGAUACGGCUGCCCGCGCCACUGGUUCUCAUGAUCGAGGCCAUCGGCAGGCGCGACAAGGGCAUGUACCAGUGCCUCGUCAGGAGCGAUAAGGAGAACGCUCAGGCUACUGCCGAACUCCGGCUCGGUGAUACGGUGCCGGAGCUGCAGUACACCUUCAUCGAGCAGACUUUACGACCGGGACCGCCGGUGUCGCUGAGGUGCUCCGCCACCGGCUCGCCUCCGCCGUCGUUCACUUGGCUGCUCGACGGUGAUCCCCUUAAUGAAAUUGCCUCCAGUCACAGGUACGCUAUACACAACGGGGGUCGUCGUAUAUCGAAUUCCGAGCGCGGUGUAAUGCGCUCGCGUUGUACUCGCAGGUACGCCAUAGGCCAGUACGUUGACCAGUCGGGUGACGUGAUCAGUCACUUAAACAUCAGCUCGGCGACGACGGAGGACGGCGGACUGUACGCCUGCGUCGCCUCGAACGCCCUGGCCUCGGUGGAGCACAAAGCCAGACUCAAUAUAUGGGGACCGCCGUACAUCCGUCUGCGAAUCGGACCGGUGCGCGCCAUCGCCGGCCGAGACAUCACGAUAGCCUGCCCGUAUUCCGGCUACCCCAUAACUUCGGUCAAGUGGUCCCGAGGCGGCUCGGCUCUGCCCCCCGAUCUCCGGCACAAGCUCGACAACGAGGGCCAUCUCACCAUCACCGACGUCAACAAGAACGAUCAGGGUACCUACACCUGCACCGUCCAAGCCGGCGCUGGUCAGACCGCCAGCAGGGACAUACGCGUCGAGGUUCAGAGUCCUCCGGUUAUGAGUCCGCUGAGUUUUCCUCCGAAUCUCCAAGAAGGCAGUCGGGCUCAGAUCUCCUGCAGUAUCACCUCCGGCGAUCUCCCCAUCCACUUCUCUUGGCUGAAAGAUGGAGAGCCGCUUCCGUCGUCUCUCAACAUCGAGGAGACGCGUCACGACUUCUACAGCUACCUGGUCUUCAAGGACGUCUCAUCGCGUCACAGCGGCAAGUACACCUGCGUGGCGACGAACAAAGCGGCGAAGGUCAAUCAAACGGCAGAACUGCUGGUAAAAGUGCCGCCCCAGUGGACGUUCGAGCCGCAGGACGUGUCGACGCUGCUGGGUAAUCCGCUCUACGUGCACUGCAAUGCGACGGGCUUCCCACCGCCGCAGAUCACCUGGCUGCGCGGCCACGCGCGCACCUCCAACGACUUCCAACUGCUGACCGAGCUGACGGACGGCCGGCUGACCAUACUGCCCAACGGCACCCUAUGGACAGCCUCGGCUGGACCCCAGCACGAGGGCCACUACCUCUGUCGCGCCAACAACAGCAUCGGAUCCGGACUCAGCAAAGUCGUAUACGUCUCCGUCAACGAGCCGGCGAGAUUUGAAUUUCAGAGCAAGAACGUGACGAUUCGACGAAGCGAGUCGGUGGUGCUGGACUGCACGGUCAUCGGAGACAAUCCCAUAAACGUCCAGUGGACUCACAACAACAACCGCCUCGACACGAACGUCCAUCGAUUGAGCAUAAGCCAAGUCAAGACGGACAACGGGCUCAAGUCCCAAUUGUCCAUCGGAUUGAGCGACCGACAGGACUCGGGCGUUUACAGAUGCACCGCCGACAACGAUUACGGACGAAGCGAACACUUUAUCUACCUCGCUGUGCAAGAGAGACCCGAUCCGCCAUCGGCUCUGGAGGUCAUCGAGAUUGGCUCGAGAUCGAUCAAACUCUCGUGGAACAAAGGCUUCGAUGGAAACAGUCCGAUUCGAGAGUACGUUAUCCAAUACCAACCUGUUUCUCACAGCAUAAUGGAGGACGACUGGGAGCCCUCGAAGACAUACAAUAUUUCACACACGCCCGGCUCUUUCUUCGGCAUCGGCGCGAAUCCCGGCCAGAACGGCGUGCAGCGUUUCGAGGUGACGAGCGAAGAUCAAGAGAUCGCCCUGGUAGGAGGCUUGCACCCCGCCGUCACUUACAAAUUUCGCGUGUUCGCAAUCAACUCUAUAGAUACGAGCGAGCCGACGGGCCCGGCGGUUGCCAAAACUCAGGAAGAAGCACCCACGCAACCACCUCAAAACAUUGAAGUGACCUCUGCUGGUCCUGGAGAACUUAUCGUAACUUGGGAGGCCCCUCCCAUAGAAUCAUGCAACGGUGAUCUCUUGGGCUACAUCGUCACAUGGUCCGAGCAGUCGUCUUCUACUUCAGGCGUAAAUCAGAGCAAGAGCUUGAACGUUAACGGCUGGGCGACGAACAAAGUUCAAUUGACUGGCCUGCGAAACUUUACAAAGUACGACAUUUCCAUCAGAGCUUUCAACAGCAUAGCCAGCGGUCCGGCCAGUGUUCCCAUAACUGGUACCACCCAAGAAGGAGUUCCAAGCGCGCCACCGUCGAGGGUCACCUGCACCUCGCUUACAUCCCAGAGCGUAAAAGUACACUGGAAAGCUCCGCCCGCUCAUCAGCACGGCGGAAUUAUUCAAGGCUACAAAGUUUUUUAUCGGCCAGUGCCAACCGAUAACAUGGAAAUCUCCACUACGGGCGAAAUAAAAAAGACCACCAGCGACGAGACGUAUCUGCACACGUUGUACAAAUACACGAAUUAUUCGAUUCGCGUAUUGGCAUACACCGGUGCUGGGGAUGGAGUUUUGAGCGAUCCGAUUUACUGCGCGACAGAAGAAGAUGUUCCAGGCCCUCCCGCCGGUAUUAAAGCCUUAGCGCUCUCGUCGGACUCGAUAUUAGUUUCGUGGCUUCCACCCUUACAACCGAACGGCCGAGUUUCGAAAUACACGGUUUAUUUCAGAGAAGCCGGAUCCAGCAGGCACAAUACCUAUACGAUACACGAACCCCCGACGUCGUCAUCCGAUACGCUGACGAAAGAAUUACGGGAUUUCAAUGAAAGGCAACUUUAUGAAUUUUGGGUCACGGCGUCAACGACACCCGGAGAAGGUGGUGCUAGUAUUGUCGUUUCUCAGAAAACGGAUUCGAAAGCCCCGGCUAGAGUGGCCUCGUUCUCACAAGUUCUGAGAAAGCCGAUAAAGUCGUCGGUUACGCUAUCCUGUAUCGUCGUGGGUAAUCCAACACCUAGGCCGCUGUGGACCUAUAAAAACAGUCAAGUCACUAAGGACAAACAUCACGAGAUCACCUCAGAUGGGCAUUUAAGAAUUCACACACUAGAGCAGUCGGUUGCUGGCAACUAUACCUGCUCAGCGAGUAAUACAUAUGGAGAUGAUUCGAUAAUUUACACGUUAAUUGUUGUUAUGCCACCGAGAGCGCCUACUUUAGAAUUACAAUACACUACGACCGACAGCAUAAAGCUUUUUUGGAAUCACCCGGACAAUGGUGGAGCCAAUAUUCAAGGUUACGUGCUGAGCUAUAAGAAAGACAAGAGUGGCUGGGAAGAAAUCGCUUUAUCGCCGGAGCAUACGGAGUACACAUUAACUGGCUUGAAAUGCGGCUCGUCGUAUGUCGCUCACUUGACGGCUCAGAAUCGAGUGGGCACUGGGGAUCCUAGUCCACUGAUAAGCGCUAUCACAAAGGGAACAGCGCCGUUGGUGCCUAAAGAGCGUGAUAUAAUAAUAGCCAACGCCACGUCUGUGCGACUGUAUCUCUUAAAUUGGCCAAACGGUGAUUGUCCGAUUGAGUACUACACUGUUGAAUUUCGGAAAAAAGUCGGCGCGGAACAGUGGAAUCUCGUGACUAGCCAAGCCACCGAUAACAUCAUCAUACGGGAUCUGAAACCCGCGACUUGGUACAGUCUGAGGCUAACGGCGCAUAACGAUGCUGGCUCGACGCAAGCCCUCAUGGACUUUGCCACGACGACUUUGAGCGGAGUUAGUAUCGGACCCAUUAACGAUCUCGUCAUGGACGAGGACUCGAUGAGAUCGGCCUCGAGUUACAAAGCUCUCUACGUCGCCAUACCACUUGUCUGCACCAUCAUACUCAUCGUAUCGGCUGUUGUAGUUGGCUAUGUCAUGCUCAAACGCAAUGGAAGGGGCAACUACUUGGGAGACAUUCUGCCCGGUCAGCAACAAACUGGCCUGGGUCUGAAUCCUCAACAUCAGCCACACCAUCACCUGUCGAGCUGCAUGUCGACUGUUCAACUGAAGUCCACGGCUGAACGAGACAACAGAAGAAAUCACCAAGUCUACACGAGUUCGCCGGUGAAGCAAGAUAAUCAUAAACCUCCCGUGGAUCAUGGUUCGGAAAUGUACGAAAUCAGUCCGUACGCAACAUUUAGCGUGCCCGGCCGUGAAAAUCGAUCCGUCACCACUGCCACACUGGACUACACGAUGCAGUUCAAGACAUUCGGUCACCUGGAGAACGAGGACAUCAAUACGAUCGACUACGAACGAUCGAGCGUCGAUUUCGAAAGAUCGAAAACACCAAGAUGGCACAAGCAACGUUACUUUCCGAGCAUCGCCGAGGCCGAGAGCAAGAUGAGAAACAAUCGUCAGGGUUCCGGCAGCGACACUUCCGGCAGUCCGUGCGGAGAAUGUGCUGGGCCUAGUUACAGGGUUCCCGUGAAAUCGUGCAGAGAUGUAUUUUCGCGUGGUGUGGAGUCGAGCACUGAAUCUAACAACGAAGGCUCGCCAUCUCUGGGAAGACGUCGCAACCGUCAGCCCAGCGGCCGGUCCACUCGAAGUUCUGUGGAGGACAUGACGCUGCUGCCGCCGAGCGGCUUCAGCGACAGCCGCGAAUUGAUCGAGGAGGAGUGCAGCGAGAGGGAUCGCGACAAUCGCGAAUGGCACGGGCAGUCCAUCGGUACUCGUCAUGGAGGCAGCCUCGGCCGGCUUCCCAUCGAGGCUGUAGAGACCAUGCUUGCUAGGCAUCAACAGCGUAAGGAACAGGAGAGACAAGAAUUCACGAUACAUGUAUGAUCAAUCCUUCAGAUAAUAUUUCUCAAAAAUUUUUCAAACUGUCUUCUCUCGACAACGAUAAAAAGAAUAGAAUACGAUUCGUUAAAGGUGCUGUCAGUGCUGAAAGAUGCUAAAAUAGAGUCUUUGUAAAUAUCUGCGCUGACUCUACUACAAAACACGCUGUGUCAAAUCGAUCACCGAUGAACUGCCUCGCAUGUGUAUGUGAACGGACGGAAAGCCUCACCAGCUCUCGCGAUAUUUUAUCAUUAUUUUUUUAAACAAUCAUGUCGAUUGUCCCGUUACAUCAGUAUAAUCUUCUACAAUUUUUCAAAAAUUUCGAACCACUUUGUACAGUUGAAUUUUACACACUGAAUACGAAAUAUGGGGCUUUCGGUAUUUACAUUUUCGGUAAGCAAAUAUGAUCAUUUAUCAAGGAAAUCAGUCAAAAGUAAAGCAGUCCUCACAAAUCAAUACAAAUAGUAAUAAAUAAAAUAAUAAUUAAAAGAAGUAUAAUAAUGAUAAUGGAUGACGACGAUAUUACACAUGCCAAAGUUAUGAGAAUCUUAAGCGUGCUAUAUACAACUGCCAAAAUUGUCAUCGAGCGAAUUCCAUCACCGACUGCUUCGCCCGAUAUUGAAGACUAUUAUUACGAUGAUCCUUUCUAUAAUUGCUAUUGUGACUCGUCAGACGAGUCUUCUGAUAUUAAAUAAAAUAAUUGUUAUACUUAUAUAUUAAACAUGCGUUUUCGAUAAAAAGAAAAAAUAUUUAUAGCUUGUUUCCCACAAGGUACAAGCGCGAGCUUGACUCAGCGAAUUUUCGUUUUUCUACAUUAAAUUGAUUGAAAUUUCUUAUCGACUUUGAUAUGAAAUUUAUUGUAGCUUUAGGCUAUUUUCACGUUUUGUAUAUACGAGCCACGACAAAAAUGUCUCACACUGUAAAGAUCUAAGUUGUAAAAAAGGAACAUUUAUAAUACUGCGGAUUUGCAAGAUUUUACACACCAAAAGAAAACGUCCCUUCGAUGUAUGAUUUCUUACAUUUUUCGCGUUCGAAAGAUUUUUAACGUCGUAUACCAAUCCUUUAAGUAUGAUUCUUUUCUACUAAGUAAUUUGAUAUGAAUUGUAGAGAAAUGAGCGAAUGUGUUAGUAAAAAAUUCAAGUGAGUAUAAGAAACGUCGUUGUACAAAAAUUCAUUAUAAAUAAAUCUUUUAAAAGUUUAAAA